AAGUAAUAACAAAAAUUCUAAAAUCACUUAUGAUUGAUUGUAUUUCACAUCAAUUUGAUUUUCAUGGAUGUCUUGCGAAAUUAACAGUACGCAUUUUUUUGUCAAGGGAGAGGCAAAAGCCUACCAUUCCUCUGUAAAAAAUACCACAGAAACAUACAGUGAAAAUAAAUAACAUUGUAUUUAGCAAUGUAAUUUGAUAUUUCCAAACAAUAUUAUAAUAUUAUCAUUAAUGGCAAACUAUACUACAAUGUAACGUUUACAACACUAAUAAAAGACAGAUGGUAAACAUGAAACAAUUAUUAUAACCACAAAAAUCGAUUAAGUAUGUUUUCCCGUACUUGUAUAUGCUCUUAACCAUGUGUGCUGUGAAUUAUGACGAUAUUUUACUGGUAUACAAUUUACUCAAGUUUUGUUUUGUUAUAUUUUUUUCUUUGGGGCUUUUCCAACUCAAUGCUCGGUAAUUGAUAAAGUGAUUUGAGAAAACAAUGGUAAUACUCUGAGUAAUACAAAAAUUCGUCAUGUUUUUUUUUACUAUUUUUGUGGAUUCAGUUGGUUGCGAAACAGCUACUCUAGAGACAUGUGGUUAAAUUUAACUCUAAUCUAUUUAUACCAUUGGACCCAGGCGUUUGUGCACACCGCCAUCUUUGCUUUACUAUACUUUUGUGUACAAUAUGAUUUCGUUGUACUAAGACGAUGUUCGCGAGUUUUAUAUAAAUUACUAUAAAAAAUGUAAGAUUAAUUUUAAAUUGAACAUUCGCAAUAAGAUUUGAUGAACAUGGAAAAAAAAAGCGACGGGGAAAGUUGUUACACGGACUACGAAACCGACGGGUUUUGGAGUUCAGAAAAAACAUUACUGGAGUCGGUUCGAGGAGACGACGGUUUAAGAAAAAGAAAAAAAAAGAAGAAAAAACCUUCUAAAGAACGAGAAUUAUUAAUUAAAUCGGAUAAACCGAGACUGGUGGAUCAAUGGCGUUCGUUUCGAAUGGAGUAUGAUGAAGAGUGGAAUUCCAUCUGGAGAAUGGCCCAUAAAUGCUUCGUAGAAACGGUGAUACUGAUUAUUAUGUGUGGAGUGGGUGGUUUGGUGUUUCGUUACACAGAAGGUGCCUUCGAAACCUUUUACAAGUGUGGUGUCAAACGUGUGAAGCGUGAUUUUCUUGAUGGUCUCUGGACCGAUAGCCGAAGAAUGGGUGAGGAUCAGUGGAAACAGGUAGCACGAAAAAAGCUUAUUGAGUUUGAAGAACAGCUCCAUGACGCUUUUGAAGCCGGUACUACCACGUACAGUGGUCGAAGUUCAUGGAACUUUGUAAACUCGGCUAUUUAUUCUUUCACGGUGGUGACAACUAUAGGAUAUGGUCACAUAGUUCCGUCAACUAACACUGGUCGACUUAUCACUAUUGUAUACGCAAUAUUUGGCAUACCGAUAUUUUUGAUUCUAUUGGCCGACUUCGGUAAAAUGUUUACCAGGGGCAUUAAGUUCAUCUGGGCACUUGUUCGACGACUUUAUUAUACUGGUAGCUGUCGAAAAGUUCGUAAAACUGCUGGUGUUCAAGAGGUAAUGAAAGGUGUACAAAUGGUAUAUGAUAUAACAAAAUUUCGCAGACCGAGUACAUUAUUUAAUGGAGAACCAGAAGGGCAGACUGGGUUCCCUCCAACAUCACCAAGCACACCAGCAUUGAGCUCCUAUGAAGUCGAUGAUGAAUUUAACUUGCCGGUAUCAGUGGCAUUCAUUAUCCUAUUGAUUUAUAUUUUUAUAGGGGCUAUUGUUUUCUGGUUUGAAGAAGGAUGGACUUUCCUUCAAGCAUUUUACUUCGUCUUCAUAUCAAUGUCCACAAUUGGUUUUGGAGAUUUUGUUCCUAAGAAUCAACUGGUUAUGAUUAUCUCAAUUGUGUAUUUGGUAUUUGGACUUGCGUUAACUUCUAUGUGCAUCAACGUUGUUCAGGAAAAAUUACAAAAUUCAUUUCGACAAGCAACAGCUAAGAUAAGUGCAACAAUUGGACUUGGUAUACCUUCGGAUGAGAAUGCUAUCAACGACGAUGAUGUAACUGCUUAUGUAGAUGAUGAAACCAAAACAGCUGAUGAUAAAAAAUCAAAAGAUGUCUCUAAUGAAUCAUAAAUUCAAUAAAAACAAAACAAAUUUUGGCCAAUAGAACAUAAAAGACAUCUUUGGAUAAUUUAGAUUAUAUAACUAGAUAUUUGUAAAUAAUAACUUCGCAAUUAUUAUUUUGAUUCCAUUUCCGUAAGAGAUGUAUGUUAUAAAUUUUUUGUAUAUUAAAGUGCAUGAUUAUUUUCUUAAAAAAAAUCUGAAUUGUACAUAA